UAUCAGAUCGGCGUCCAUCGUUCCCUUACCUUUUUGCUUAGCCCUACCACCGAGAGUGAAACAUCGAAGCGAACAUGACGAAGCAGACUAUCAUAUCAGAGGAGGCUACCCCUGCUCUCCCUGUCUUCGCGCAUGCGACGAUCAGUGGGAAGACAGUGUACGUCUCUGGGAGCGUUGGAUGCGACAAGGAGUUCAAGCUGCAGGGCGACAUCAAGGGCCAGACGAAAGCGGCCCUCGAGAACAUGGCGAAGAUCCUGAAGUCUGCGGGCACUGAUGUGAACAACAUCGUCAAGGUCAACAUCUUCCUAUCGAAUCUGAAGGAGGACUUCGCACCGAUGAAUGAGGUGUACGCCGAGUUCUUCCCUAAGCACCCUCACUCGCGCACUUGCGUCGGCGUCGCUGUCCUGCCUCUGGGCGCGGCCAUAGAGCUCGAGUGCAUCGCUGAGCUGCCUUGAUCACAUUUCAGUCGAGAGUAACACGGGGACAUCGGAUUGGCGGCCAUAGCGUUGAUUGUGAAUGUACGACGUAUGUUGGAAUAUGGCAGUUAGAAUUUGGCACAGUCAGAACAGAACUCAACCAAAGGCGACAAACAACUGAAGUGAGUGUAGUACGCAUGAGCUGCGUACACUGUCCGGUUCGAGUGAUGCUGAGGUCGCCGAGCGAGACCGAGACACGCGUCGCGCUCGAGAAAGCUC